UUAUGUAACCCCGCAGGAAGGUUACACAACCGGCCUUUCCCAGCCCAGCCUCCCCCAAUUCAUAAAAUGCGGGCCCCGCCCCUUUCCCGGCAGCUCCGCCCCGCCCCCGCGUUCUAACCCCGCCCCUUUCCUCUUCUAACCCCGCCUUUCCCAAACAGCUGUUGUGAUGUAUUCCUUCUUGAGGAGCCAUGGAGGAAGACCUUGAGCAGGCGUCCCAAGGUUGGUUAGGGGGCUGGCUCCCUGCCUGGCGUCCUACCUCCAUGUCGCACCUCAAGAAUGUAGAAACUCGGAUCCUGCAGUGCCUCCAGAACCGAUUUGUGACCCGGUAUGUGUCCCUUCCCAACCAGGCCAAGGUCUGGACGGUGUCCCUUUCUCCAGAAAGGGGCAAAGGACGCACUCCACUGGUGAUGGUACAUGGUUUUGGCGGAGGCAUUGGGCUCUGGAUCCUCAACUUAGAUUACCUAAGCAAGCAUCGUCCUGUCCACGCUUUUGACCUCCUCGGCUUUGGACGCAGCUCUCGGCCCCGCUUCUCCCGUGACGCCCAAGAGGCUGAGGAGGAGUUUGUCAGCUCCAUUGAGUCCUGGCGUAAAGAGAUGGGCAUCCCCAACAUGAUUCUGCUCGGCCACAGCCUUGGGGGCUUCUUGGCUGCCUCCUACAGCUUGCAACACCCAGAGAGAGUGAAACAUCUGAUCCUCGUAGACCCCUGGGGCUUCCCCACACGACCAACAGACCCAGCUCAGAUCCGUACUCCUCCAACCUGGGUCAAGGCUGUGGCGACCGUGCUGGGACGGUCGAACCCUCUGGCCGUGUUGCGGGCAGCUGGACCCUGGGGUCCUGGACUGGUGCAGCGCUUCCGUCCAGACUUUAAGCAGAAGUUUGCCGAUUUCUUUGAUGACGAUACCAUCUCGGAAUACAUCUACCACUGCAAUGCUCAAACACCCAGUGGCGAGGCAGGGUUUAAAGCUAUGACAGAGGCGUUUGGCUGGGCCCGACGUCCCAUGUUGGAGCGCAUCCACCUGGUUCGCCGUGACUUGCCUAUCACCCUCAUCUACGGUGCCAAUUCCUGGAUUGAUACCAGCACUGGGGAGAAAGUCAAGGACCUGCGACCAGAAAGCUAUGUUUGUGACAUAGCUAUUCCGGGUGCCUCCCACCAUGUCUACGCCGACCAGCCCUAUGCUUUCAAUGCUGCUGUGGAACAGGUCUGUGACUCUGUUGACUGACUGCACCCGGGCCAGAAGAGGAAAUUUGAGAGAUCCUUUUCUGCGGGUCCUUCUCCACGGAGUCCGGUUGCUGAAAUGCACACAAGACUCUCAGGCUUCCCAAAGAGCAGAGACACCAGCUCAUUGAGAGUCACUUGCCACUUGGUCUUGGAGCAUACCUUUACUCCCUCCCCCCUCAUUCUUGCUUGAUUUCCCCCUGAAACUUUAUUCUUCUUAAAGGUUGCAGGCCGCCUGUGUUGGGUUAACCUUGA